AAAGCAAAUCGCCUACUAUACAGGCCAAUCUGGUGUGUACCUAUCAUACAUGCCUGUGAUCAGGUCCCUGUUUCUUUUCCAUUUAUCACUUGGAGCAUCCAGAAGAUGAUGCUAUAUCAACGCAGCAAGCAAAUUAUCUGAACUAAUUUGACAUUAAACACUGAACUAACUUUCAAAGUCAAACACGUUGAGUACAAUUAUUUUCUUUAACAAAUAUCAAACACCAUUUAAAAUGCAUAGGUCUCCCCAAAAUGACACUAUAUGUAAAUGGUUUACACCAUCUAGUGUCCCUAAUCUCCAAAUCUGAAGCCUUCUCUAUGACCUUCCUGGGUAGCAACCUCUCGUCUUCUUUUUAAAUGGCAUUCUGUAAUCAUAAAACAGCACUCCGAGACGGCGUAACUGUAACAGCUGAUACAUUUAUACAGACGGGGAUAUCAUGUUUCGGCCACCUAGUAAACAAUUGUGCGCAUACAAACCCGAGAUGCCUGCUGUAACAGCAAUGUACAAAAAGUUACUGACCGUGUUACAUUUAUGAUACUUUACAUUUAUAGCGUCUCUCCCCUACUUUCUAACAGUAGGUCUGCAGUGUGUUUAAAUUGUCUCCGCCUAUGUGCGUAAUAGUGAAGUCGAGGAGAGCGCACAAUGCGACUUCACUUCAGACAGACGACCCUGCACACAGUAUUCUAUUUGCGCGUACUGAGUUGACUGCUGGAAGAAACGACGAUCACACGAUCCCGUUCGCACUCGUUCCAAACAGCACAGCGAUUUCUGGACAAAAUCUUAUUUUGCAAAGGCAGGUGCCAAACGUGCUGAGGACGGAGGACUCAACUGCGCAGAACGCUGUUCUUCGGCUCCAAUCACGUAACCGGAUAAUAUUGCUUAACUGUUUUUUAAAGAGCGGGCCAAUUUGAAUGACACGUAUUAAUUGUUUAUGGAUGAACUAGUAAGAACACGUAAAGAAUUAAGGAUGAACUUCGGAACAGUGGUCGUCAUUGCUGGAUUCUCCGGGGUAUUCAGCUUCGGUUUCCUGGCUGCAGCUAUCGGCAGCGAUUAUUGGUACAUCAUAAAGGUGAACCAAGAGAAUAUCACUAACUCUGAGGACCUGGAUUCUCACUCUGGGCUAUGGAGAAUAAAUGAAGGUAAAAAUUCCAGUUCCCAUUUCAUCCAUCCUUUCACCGAGGACACCUCCAGCUACUCGGAGCCUGAAAGGCAUCUACUCAGUAUGCACAAGGUGAUCGUCAUCCUGCUGCCGCUCAGCCUGGUGCUGCUGGUGUUCGGGGGGAUCUGCGGCCUCGUCAGCUCCCUGGCCCACAACCGCAGGAUGCUCAUCACCUCCGCCUCCUACUUCCUGUUUUGCAGUCUCUUCACCCUGUCCGGCGUGAGCCUCUACAUCAGCUACUCCCAGCAGGCCUGGCAGGAGAUGGAGAGGCAGCUGGGGGCGGAGCUGCUGGCCCCCGUGCAGGUGUCCUUCGGCUGGUCCCUGGGCCUGGCCUGGCUCUCCUACGGCCUGGAGGUGGCCGCCGGACUCCUGCUGCUGCUGGCGGCCCGCAUGACCCAUCCGCAGCUCAACGAGUUCACCACCACCACCACCAUGGCCAUGGCCUAGAGCCAGCACCUGAGCCAGGACCAGAGCCAGGACCAGAGCCGUCUGACUCCGCAUCCUGGAGCUUUACUGCCUUAUCACGGGCUACAAGGUCUCCUCAAUAAUGGAGAUUAUCUGACCUCAUUCCCCCCCCUUCUGUCCAUCUCUCUCUCUCUCUUUCACCUUUUCACUCUCUCUCUCUUUCUCUCUCUCGUUCCACAAAAACAUGUCUUUGAGGGAUGAGACCAAAUAUUCAGUGGCCAUGUAAGAUAAUAAUUUAUUGUGUACACGAAUACCAGAAUGUAUCAUGAAUGACGAAAUGAAGGUUAGAUUUUUUGUUUCUUUUUUCCAUAUUGGUGAAGAAGAGCCUAAGAACCCAGUAUAAAAAAGCCAGGUGUUAUUAAUUUACCUGCCAACAGUGUGGACAAAUGCAGACAUCUGUGUGUGUGUGUGUGUGUGUGUGUGUGAGAGAGUGAAUGCAGGCCUCUGUGUAUGUGUAAGUGAGUGAAUGCAGAUCUGUGCACAUGUGAGUAAGUGAAUAUAAAUGUGUGUGUGUGUGUGUGUGUGUGUGUGUGGGUACGUGCAGAUCCCUAUGUAUGUAAUAAAUUCAGCUAUCUGUUGUAAGCAGUUAUUCAUACAGAAGUUUUUUUUAUUCUGUACAAUUUAAUUUAUGCUCUUAGACAGACAUGACACUCUGAUGAUUGUAAGUGCAAUAGAUAUAUUUAAUGUGCAGGAGAUUUAAUCUGAGUGAUAAUUCCAUGGUUACUCAAACAGUCAUUGCCAAAGAUUCCAUCUGGUCUGCCUUUGUUAGGAGGAGUAGAUUUGAGGCAAUUCAGUACAACUUGUGAAUGUGGUUACUUGCUGGUUAUGAUACUGUUUGAACUGCACAGUUGUUGGUGCUGAAAUAAACUGUGAAUCAAUCUCA